UCUUGGAAUACAAGAAUUUUAGAAGUAAAAGUACCGUAUCCAUCGUGGUUUUCAUCGCGGUUUAUCGAAAAAAUAGUUCAGUAGUGUGUAAAUAAGAGUAUGAUCCUCUCAUUGAUUUAUCGGGAAAGAUAAACUAUGGUUAAGUUUAAAAAAAAAAUGAGAGAAAGUAAUAAAAUAUGAGAAAGGGAAAUGGGAAGUAUAAUUGUAAUACGAGGUGUGUGGUGUGGUGUGGUGUAAGAAAGCGGUUUGGGGAUUUGAUAACGGCGUUUUUCCUGGUUUUCUGGCGGGAGAGAUUAAGAAGAGACUACUACUACUGUAUCUACUGCUUAUUACUGUCAUCAAGAUAGAGAGAUAAAAGUGGUAUUUAUGGAAGAGGUAUUGAAAGUGGUUUUAGACUUUUAGGAAAGAAGAUAAGUGGUUUUGUAACUGAAAAAUAAAGGAAGAGCUUAAGACAAAUAAGAGGUUAUUUUGUUCUUUUUCUCUUGAUUGCGAUCGUAAGAUAAGAAGAAGUAAAAAGAACAUUUAUGAUAGCGGUUUUAGUUUUUAAUUUUGGAUGAUGAGGAUUUAAGGUGAGAAUGAGGUUGAUUAGGGUUAUACUUUUAAUAAAACGAAUCGGUUUUGUGAAAAUGAAGAGUUUAGAGCUUUGAUUUUCUUUAAUUGGACGCUUGAGUUUAAGAAAUAGAAGAUUUGGGUAGCAAUGGCGGGUGUUGAUAAUCAUAGAGGUUCUCAGCAGCACAAUUUCUCUGGUGGUAAAACUGAUGCAGAUGAAGAUCUGUAUACCGAGCUAUGGAAAGUUUGUGCUGGUCCUCUUGUGGAUGUUCCACAAGAAGGAGAGAGAGUUUAUUACUUCCCUCAAGGUCACAUGGAGCAAUUAGAAGCUUCAAUGAACCGAGAAUUGAACCAAAGGAUUCCGUUAUUUAAUCUUCCAUCGAAGAUCCUUUGUCGUGUAAUCAACAGACAACUGAUGGCUGAGCAAGAAACUGAUGAAGCUUAUGCGCAAAUUACUUUACUGCCUUUGCCUGGCCAUGAUGAUGAGCCUACUAGUCCUGAUCCAUGUGUAGGGGAAAAUCCUAAACCCAUUGUUCAAUCGUUCUGCAAAAUAUUAACAGCCUCUGAUACGAGUACGCAUGGUGGAUUCUCUGUUCUUCGGAAACACGCUAAUGAGUGCCUUCCAGCCUUGGACAUGGCUCAAGCAACACCAACCCAAGAAUUGGCUGCCAAGGAUCUUCAUGGGUAUGAGUGGCGAUUUAAGCAUAUCUUCAGAGGUCAACCUCGUAGGCAUUUGCUUACAACCGGUUGGAGUACGUUUGUCACUUCUAAGAGAUUGGUUGCGGGAGAUGCUUUUGUCUUCUUGAGGGGAGAGAGUGGAGAAUUGCGUGUAGGAGUUAGACGUCUUGCUCGCCAACAAAGCACCAUGCCGACAUCUGUGAUUUCCAGCCAGAGCAUGCAUCUCGGAGUCCUUGCUACAGCAUCUCAUGCUGUAGCAACAGAAACCUUUUUUAUUGUUUACUAUAAACCAAGGACAAGUCAGUUCAUUGUUAGCUUAAACAAGUACUUGGAGGCUGUGAAUAAUAAAUUUUCUGUUGGGAUGAGGUUCAAGAUGAGAUUUGAAGGAGAAGAUUCUCCGGAAAGAAGGUUUACUGGUACAAUAAUUGGGGUUGGAGACAUUUCUCCUCAGUGGAAAGAUUCUAAAUGGAGAUCAUUAAAAGUUCAAUGGGAUGAGACGGCUCCCAUUCAAAGACCAGAUAGAGUUUCACCAUGGGAGAUCUAUCCCUUUGUUCCAACUGCACCUCCUCCAAACUUAAUUCAGCCUGCAACAAUAAUAAGCAAAAGAUCCCGAACAUCUGUUGAUCUCCCAGUACUCGAUAUUACUGGUUCCAUAUCUUCAACUUUUUGGUAUCCCGGGUCCACCCAGACCCAUGAAGCAACUAUAUUCACUGGGUCAGAAGUUCAGAACAACGAAACCCAAGUUCUCCGGUCUGCUGUGCAGAAGGAAAUGAAGGGCAAUGGUAACAGCAGCAACAGUUUUAACUCAAGGGCAAGGCAAGAAGAUGGAUGGGCGACGUCACCACUUGGAAAUGUUUCCUUGAGUUUAUUUCAAGAUUCAGGGAAAGUUAGUAAUUCACUUGAUAAGUGGCCAGCUCUUUCCAGUUAUUCAAUGCAAGAUAAAUUAUCCAAGCACAACAAUUGCCAUAUGCAAGAUAUCAUGGAGAAGGCAAAGAUACCUUCAACCCCUAGUGGGUGCCGAUUGUUUGGGAUUGAAUUGGUCAAUUACUCAAGUAACCCAGUCUCCGCCGAGAAGGUUUCUGCAAACCUUACUGCUAGCAUUGAGGCGACUCCACCCACCACUCUAUCUGAAGCUGAUUCUGAGCAGCUCUCUGGGCUUUCGAAGAAUUCUAAGGAUUCCAAGGAACUGAAACCAAUUUUAUUACAGACUUCACCAAAUGAAAUACAGAGUAAGGGCGGCUCUACUACUAUGAGAAGUCGAACUAAGGUACACAUGCAAGGUAUUGCUGUCGGUCGUGCGGUUGACUUAACUAUUUUGAAAGGAUACGAUGACCUAUUAAAUGAGUUGGAGAAGAUGUUUGAAAUAAAAGGAGAGCUUUGUCCUCGAAAUAAAUGGGAGGUUGCUUUCACUGAUGAUGAUGGGGAUAUGAUGCGGGUCGGAGAUGAUCAUUGGCUGGAUUUUUGUAAGAUCGUGAAGAAGAUCUUUAUCUAUUCUAACCAAGACGUGAAGAAGGUUCCCGAAGUGUCACCAUCUUUGGAGGGUGCCAAUAAUGCUAUAAGAGUAGAUUCAGAACUUAAGCCUGAACAAGUAUAAAGACUUUAGUAGGUGGCAUUUCUUUUCUUUUCAUGUUGCAAAGGAGGGUUUAACUGGUGCAGAAAAAGGACUGGCCAUAGCCGAUAUGGCUUAUUAUUAGCUCAAUCUUUUUAGAGCUUGUAUUUAGGGAAGAAAAAAAGUGGGGGAUAACAAUUAAUUUGGGUGCUAAAGGAAACUAGGCACAUCGUUCAGGGGAAACAACAAGAUUAGGAUUGAAGAAAAAAAUGUCAAUAUAUAUGGGGGUGGUGGGUUCUUUUUUUGUCGACUUUCUUUUUUCUUGAGAGAAGUGUAAAUAUGGCGUGCUUUUGGCAUUGGUCCUUUAUAGUGAGUGCUUUGCUUAUACUUUCCUCUCUCUAUCCAACAAUUUGUUUUGAAGGAUUACAUUACAUCCUUCCAAAGAGGAUUUAUUGGGAUGAUUAGGAAUCUUUGGAUAUUGUAUUAGGAAACAAAAGAUAGUUAAGUAGUGGGUGAGAUCAUUGGACUAAUUGAUUAAAAAAAAAAGAUCAGUUGCAGUUGGUUGUCUAUGGAUUCUAUGUAGUUAAGUUGAUGUAGUUUAUUUUUACUUUAUUUUUGUUUAAUUGGGUGCCAGUGGUUGUUGUGCUUCUUCACUUUAUGAUUGUAUAAAGAACCUAAUGUUGAACUUUAUAGAGCGGGGUCACUUGUUUGAGAACAA